AUGGAACUCAAUUACCACCUGUUGGCAACUUUCAACAAGGUGGCACAGGUGCAAGCCCAGCAUAUGCUCAGCAACAAAUUCCACCUCAACAGCACCAGCAACCACAACAACCACAACAGCAACCGCAGCAGCAACAACAACAGCAACAACCACAACAAGUUGUUUAUCCAGCCGGAGCAAGUGCUGAGGCCGUAUAUGCUGUCCAAUCCAAUGAACAAUACCCACAAAGGAAGAAGUCAGUUUCAGAAGCGUAUCAGGAUGGCUAUAAUCAAGAAGGUCAAUAUUCUAACAUUAGAUCUGGUGUUGCCGUUCAAAAAGGUGGCAAGGGCCAGAACAAAGUACAGACUAUUGCUCCACCAGUUAAUCCUACUUUGGUUCCAGGUAUUCCUGAACCAGUUCCACCAUCAGGUACUGUCAAGAAUACUUCAUUUUCAGAAGAAAUUGGAUUCUUUGAUAAGGUCAAGAAGGCAAUCGGUAAUAAACAAACUUAUAGUGAUUUCUUGA